UCAACCUGAGCUAACCGCCUGACUCGCCUAAACCCAACCAGCCAGUAUGUUCCAGUGUCCGGGUAACCCUAUGUCCAGCGCUGCUGCCAGCCCCAUGCAGCAGCUGUCUCAGCCUCAGCCAGGGUACAGCAUCCCCUGUGCCUCGAGUCCCCUGCCCUCUGAGAGCGCCAGUCACCCUCUCCGGAGCUCAGCCCUGCCCUUGGGCUCAGCCACUCCCUUCAGCCCCACCUCAACAGUAUCUAACAUGGCAAACCCUAAAGAGAAGACCCCCAUGUGUCUGGUGAAUGAGUUAGCCCGUUUCAAUAAGAUCCAGCCUGAGUAUAAGCUGCUCUGUGAGCAAGGACCAGCUCACUCCAAGAUCUUCUCAGUGCGGUUAUCGCUAGGGGAUCAGCACUGGGAGGCAGAGGGGACCAGCAUAAAGAAGGCCCAACACUCUGCAGCUGCCACAGCCUUGGCCCAGACCACAAUGCCCAAACCUAGCAUGAGGAACAAUACCCGCAACAACACAGUAGAAUGCAUGACGCAAACAGUGGAGCUGAAUUCCCUCUGUAUGAAGCUAGGGAUGAAGCCUAUGUACAAGCCCAUAGACCCUUACCCCGGGAUGAGACCACCCAGCUUCAACUACAACAUCAGGGCCCCGGGGCCUUACCAACGCUCCAUGCAACAGUACUACUACCCAUUUCCCCCGGUGGGGCCGGUGCUGUAUCACAUGGAGCUGAACAUCGGGGGCCAGCAGUUCCACGGGAAGGGGCGUACGCGGCAGCUCGCCAAACACGACGCCGCCUCCAAGGCCCUGAAGACUCUGCAGAAGGAGCCCAUACUGCUGCAGCAGCUGCCUGAGAUGAAUGGAGAAGACACUGAAGAGAACCUCAACAAAUCAGAAAUCAGCCAGGUGUUUGAGAUCGCACUGAAGAGGAACAUGCCUGUCAACUUUGAGGUUCUCAAGGAGGCAGGUCCUCCCCACAUGAAGAGCUUCAUGGUGCGUGUGGCGGUGGGGGACUUCUGUGGUGAGGGCGAGGGCAAGAGUAAGAAGAUCGCUAAGAAGCUGGCAGCUACAGCUGUGCUGGAGGAACUGAGGAGACUGCCCCAGCUGAUCCCCUGCGUGGAAAAGAUGCAGCCAGCACGCAUCAAGAAGAAGACCAAGUCCAUCAUUAAGCUGCAGACCAGUCCAGAAUAUGGGCAAGGCAUGAACCCCAUCAGCAGACUGGCUCAGAUCCAGCAGGCUAAGAAAGAGAAGGAACCAGAGUACAACAUGCUGACAGAGAGGGGGCUGCCCAGACGCAGGGAGUUUGUUAUGCAGGUGACGGUGUGUGGUCAGUGUGCAGAGGGCUUGGGCCCCAGUAAGAAGGUAGCGAAGAAGAACGCAGCAGAGAAGAUGCUGGAGCUUCUAGGUUUCAAAGUGCCUCAGCCACAGCCCCACAAACCUGCGCUCAAAACAGACGAAAAGGUUCCACUGAAGAAAAAUGGAGACGGGAGGAAAGUGACCUUCUUUGAGCCAGGCUCUGUGGAGGAGAGCCAGUCGCUGGGUUCCAAGGAGGAGGACUACCGCCUGCCCUUCCUCAGCCACCAGCAGCUCCCAGCAGGCAUCCUGCUCAUGGUGCCCGAGGUGGCCCAGGCUGUAGGGGCCAGCCCUAGCCAGGGGCACCAGAACAAGGACUACGGUCCCCGGGCCAACCCUGCUAAGGCCACCCUGACGGCCAUCAUCGCCAAUGAGCUGCUUUACGCUGGUGCCUCCCUGACCGCCGAUACCAUUCUGAAGAGCCAGAACAGUGUGGGUCAUCUAGUACCCCAUGGACCCCUGACCAGACCCUCUGAACUGCUCAGCUACCUGGCCAACGUACAGGGACUGCAGGUGGAAUACAAAGACUUCCCCAAAAACAACAAGAAUGAAUUUGUAUCGCUGAUCAACUGCUCCUCCCAGCCCCCCCUCAUCAGUCACGGCAUAGGCAAGGACGUGGAGUCCUGUCACGACAUGGCUGCCUUGAAUAUCCUGAAGAUUCUGUCAGAGCUGGACCAGCACCAGCAGCAGACCAAUGACAGGACAGGGAACGCACCACUCUCGGGGUGUGGUAAACAGGACAUGGAGGGCAUCAUCAAACAGGCUAACUCAAGCACCUUGGGACAACAGACUCUGGAUGGCACUGUGUAGACAGACGCACACCAUUGGUUGUUUGAAAGAAGCACGAAAAGAAAACUAACACUGUUCUGAUAGGCUGUUUUAGAUUUCUACAGGAAGCUGAGGGCAACCAUCACUAGUGUUCAUAUUGUAUUAAAUGUUCUAAAAUAUUCACAGUUAAACAAGAUUGAUAGAAGAAAAAUUGAUUUUGUUUAAUUGUGAACAUUAUUCAUUCUUUUUGUUGCUUUAUAGAAAAUAAAUUGCUGCAUCAUAUCCGAUAUAUAUAUGUUGAGAUAAGAUGGAAUAAUGUUAAUAUGAUAACUGUGAAAAUCAGCUUUUGAGAAGAAGCGUUUUGUCUAUUUUUCCCUUUUUUUCUGUUAAUGAGAUCUUUCUCUUAUUUUUAAAUGUUGUUUAAUUCUUCAUUGACCCUGGAAUUAUUGGGGGGUUGUUAAUAACAGACCUGGGUUAAAAAACGAAUGAAAUCUUUCAAAUACUUGGAGAGUUUGCUUUAUGAGUGCCAGAUGGGUGGAGUUUGCCGUUUUGCCUUUGAGCUUGCCUGGAGCAAUGGAAUAAUCAAGCCCAGCUAAAGUAUUUGAAAUGAUUUAAAAUAGCUUUUUAACCCAGGUCUGGUUGUUACAAUAGUGUUUACUUGUGAAGUAGUAUGGAACCCCAUAGAAGGAUGGGAUGCAGCUAGCGAACCACUGUUGAUUUUCCUAGAGUGCUUGAUAACAACCACCGCAAGUGAACAGUGUUUAUCUACAUUACCAUGUAGGGCUGCGAAGGUUUUGUGACUAAGUAUAGCGUGUGUGAUGUUCUGUGAUUUUGUCUGUCCCCACUGUCAGAGGUGCUGGGGCAGUAUAAGUCUUUGUUUGCGUAUGGUCCUAGCACGAUAUCCCCCCUCUCUCCCCUUGUUGUCCCUCCCUCAGUGUCAAACCACCUCUCUGCUCCCCAUGAAAUGUAAGUAAAACGUGUAUGCGAUCACGCACAAAACAAAACCA